AUGACGUCAGCACAUCAGGGCAGCCAGUCGGAAUGGAGCUCACCGCGCGUCAGUUCAAAAUGCGGUUUAGGAUGCAAGCGUUAUGUUGGUCGAAGCGGGAUUGUAUCCGAGGAUGAAAGUGAUGAAUCUCGACCACUGCGUGAGCUACGUGAACCACGUGAACUUCCUUCACCUCCCUUCAUAUGGACGAGGAAGCUCAAUAUUUGCCUUUUAUUCUUAAUAUCUCUCCAUCUAGUGGCAGAUGAUCGAAUUAUUGGUGGUUACGAGUGCAUUCCCCACUCUCUUCCCUGGCAAGUCUCUCUGUAUUCAAACACAGGAGGGCAUGUGUGUGGAGGUUCCCUUCUUAGUGCCAACUGGGUCAUCUCAGCUGCACACUGUAGCCUUCCGUCUCUUCAAAUUCGAAUAGGAAAGCAUAACAUUGAAACAGUAGAAGAAGGUGAACAAAAUAUCAGGGCGGCUAAGCAGAUCAUACAUCCAAACUAUGAUAAAUGGGGACUGGAGAAUGACCUAAUGAUGAUUAAGCUAGCUAGUCCAGCUGUCUUGUCUGAGUCCGCACAACCAAUUGCACUGCCUAGCACCUGUGUGUCUGUUGGAACAGAAUGUCUGGUUUCAGGUUGGGGAACCACUAUAAGCCCAGGAGAAAGUUAUCCUCCAUUACUGCAGUGCCUUAACAUUACCAUUUUAGAAGACAGCAACUGUGAUGCCGCUUACCCUGGGGAAUAUACUGACAAUAUGUUAUGUGCUGGUUUUGUUGAGGCAGGCAAAGACUCAUGCAAGGUAUGGAACAUUAGCAGAUAUAGUAACUACAUGGAAGAAAUUUAG